AUGGGAUUGAAUAGAGAAAAGAAAUAGCCUUGUGGCUUUUGCUUUGUUGAGUAUGCUACUCGUGAGGAGGCAGCUCUAGCAAUUGAGUGUCUUAACCUUUCAUUAGUCGAUGGAAGAAAGAUCAGAAUCGACUGGGAUCCGGGCUUUGAAUAAGGAAGACAGUUCGGCAGAGGCAAGAGUGGAGGUCAAGUCAGGGAUGAACUAAAACCUGAUUAUGCAGAUAAGGAUAGACCAAUAUAGAGACCAUAGAGAGGAGGCUAUAGCAGACACAGUGGUGGAGGAAACUUUGAUAACAACAGAAAAUAUCAUCAGGGAAGCAGAGGCGACUACAGAAGAAGUGAAAAUGACUCUAGAGAUAACAAUAGAAAGAGAUACAGAAACGAUGAUGAAGGAGAUAACAAUGAUGGUGACUACGACAACAGAAGAAAGAGACAGAGAAGAGACAAUAACCGCGACUAUGAUAAUAAGAGUGAUGAGGAAAUGGGUAAUUGA